AAUAGUGAAUGAUGAAGGAACUCUACAGUUUCUCAAACCGAGAGCAACCGCUUACCGUGGUUGACCAUCAGGUUAGAUGUCAUUCAGUUUCGACGGACACUAGGUGUGUUGAUGUCGGCGAAACAUCUCCGGCGCUUUCGAAUGGGGACCAUCACUGACUACGACUCCGAAUGAUGAUGAUAUGAUGAAGAAUAUAGGCAACAAUCAAAUUCAUAAACAUCAAGCAAACCACAACCGAGGGAAGAACAAGAGGGGUAACUGGCUGGCCGUUAUUUUGUUCCGAAUCUCACGGCGCGACUUCGGCUUCUGCUUGACAGCACUAUUCCUGUUCUGUUUGGGUUCACUUUUUUGGCAACUAAACGGCGGUCCUCCAAACCUUCUUCAAGACAUCCGCUAUUACUUCGGACAAUCAACGUUUACAGAUGACCAUGGACCCGUAGCCCCCAAAGUGCUGCCGUUCCCCAGCAGGGUGGUGUACAACCGCGUGGGGAAGUGCGGCAGUCGCACCAUCGUCCUGUUGCUGCGCAUCCUGGCUGACCGCCAACAGUUCACUCUGGUCUCCUCAGACAUCCACAACAAGACCAGACUGACCAAACAUGAGCAGGCAACUCUCAUGAGGAACAUCACUGAGAUACCACAGCCGUUCCUGUACACUCGACAUGUACACUUUCUCAACUUCACAAGGUUCAAGAUAGAAGAGCCGGUGUACAUCAACAUCAUCAGAGACCCAAUCAACCGCUUCCUGUCCAACUACUUCUUCCGGCGCUUUGGGGAUUGGCGUGGCGAGGAGAACCACUUGGUGCGGACACCUGGGAUGAAGGAUGAGGAGAGAUACCUGGACAUCAACACCUGUAUCCUGGAAAACUACCCCGAGUGCUCCAACCCCCGUCUCUUCUACAUCAUCCCGUACUUCUGUGGACAACAUCCGCAAUGCAGGGAGCCGAGCGAGUGGGCUCUGGAGAAGGCCAAGCAGAAUGUUCUGGAACACUACCUGCUGGUGGGAGUCCUGGAGGAGCUGGAGGACGUGCUUCUACUGCUGGAGCGACUCCUGCCGCACUUCUUCUUUGACGUGCUAAACAUCUAUAAGAGUCCUGAGUAUAAGAAGCUGGGCAACCUGACAGGGACCGUUCGCAAGCACACUCCGAGCCUGGAGGCCCUGCAGGUGCUGUACCAGCGCAUGGAGCACGAGUACAUCUUCUACAACUACAUACGAGACCUGUUCCACCUCACCAAGAGGAAGAUCGGCCUGCGGUCCGGGCCGCGGCCCUCGCGCCGCCACCUCAACCUUGCCCCCAGAGCGCACACCGACAACCAGGACGGUGAAGAGGCAGGACGCAACUGAGUUAAGCCGUCCAGAGGACCAAUUCGAGAGCCUUCGGACUAACCCCCGAAUGUGUAGUCAGACAAUCAGACGGAGCCGUUCAGGGAAGAACACAUUUUCAAAUAGAGCAGACAAGUGGUUCUUUAUUCUGCUGUUUUGGACGGGUUUGUUUUUGCAGACAUGCUGGCCUUGUCAUUAGUAAUAAUACACUGCUUUGAUUUCUGCCUUAGCUUAUUAUCCAGUGACAUCAGAAUAGGGCCUUCACAAGGGAGGAAGAACAGAGGUCGUUCCAGCUGUAACUGGAUGCUGAAACUGUUUACGCUGUAGUCAGAAUUCCUUCUCGAGUUCAUCAGAGGAUGAGGGAAAUAGGGAAGAGCUGAAAAACAACAUUUCCAGAUGGUCUCCAAAGCAGGAAUGGCUUUAAGGUGAACAGUGCUACUUAAAAUCGUUUAAAACCCUACUUCCACUUUUUUGCUAAAUUGUUUCAAUGCAAAAUUAGAAAACAUUAUGUAGAAUCAUUAACAGCAGUUGUCAUUUAACAGUUCAGAAUGUCUUGUCUGUGGCUUGAAUUAAAGGUUGAUUGACCAAAAUGAGGUAAAUGUUUUUAAGUAACAGUAUUAUUAUUAACUUAUUAUGAAGAGAGGGGGGAUAGAAAAGGAGUCAGAAAAAAGGUGACUUUCCUGAAAUAAUUUUGCAACCGUAUGAACCUGUAAAUAUUCUGUCUCUCUGAAAUCAAUGGCACUUGUGAAUGUGUUGCCUUCGUUUUCUUUUGGUAACGUGUCCCCCCUUCUCCUCUACUGGCAUGUCAGCAUUGGAAGAGAGAUGGGAGACUUUACAGUACAAUUCGCUCUUUGUUUUCCUCUUUGGCUUUCCCAUGUGCAGUUGGAUCUCUUAUAUGAGUCAUAUAUGUCUGGUCAUUCAUGUCAACUCCAGCACAGACUUCCCAUUGAAUGCAGUAAGAAACGCCUGGAUUUAAUUGCUUACUGUGGCCAAAACCAAUAGAUCAGUCAGUGUUCAUGUAAUACAUGUAAUCUUUCUAUGUCACCUUUAACCUUAAAGGUGAAAAAACAGGGCAGCUGAAAGAGCAGCUUUGAGAAAACUGGUCAUCAAAUUGCUGUUGGAAUUUAUCCCAUAAAAGUAUGAUUUGUGUCAAAUACAUAUGUAAAUUAUUGAUUUUCAGUUAUUUUUCAUAUUUUCAUAUUGACAGGAAAUGGCAUGUACAACUGGGGGAUAAUGAUAGUAAAUAGCAAUGUGAACAAAUAAAUGUGAUUUACAUAGUUGAGGGUGCAAUGUGAAAUAAAGGAAUGUGACAUCU